CCGUGGCGCAGGGCGCGGAGGCGGCCCCGGGCCCGGGCCCGCCGCCCUCCCUCCCGCACCGGGCGGGCCCCGCCGCCCCGCCAUGGAGGCGAACCCGCCGAAGCGGAAGGAAACGCGCAAGUCGCUGCGGAUUAAAGUUAUCUCCAUGGGCAACGCGGAGGUGGGCAAGAGCUGCAUUAUCAAGCGUUACUGUGAGAAGAGGUUUGUUCCCAAAUACCUGGCGACUAUUGGCAUCGACUACGGCGUCACAAAAGUGCAGGUCAGAGACCGAGAGAUGAAGGUGAACAUCUUUGACAUGGCGGGGCACCCCUUCUUCUACGAGGUGAGAAACGAGUUUUACAAGGACACACAGGGGGUCAUCCUGGUCUAUGAUGUCGGACAGAAGGAGUCUUUUGAUGCACUGGAAGCAUGGCUGGCUGAGAUGAAGCAGGAACUGGGCCCCCACGGGAACAUGGAGAACAUUGUCUUUGUUGUCUGUGCCAACAAGAUCGACUGCUCCAAGCACCGCAGCGUGGACGAGAGCGAGGGGCGGCUCUGGGCCGAGAGCCGGGGCUUUCUUUACUUUGAGACGUCGGCACAAACAGGAGAAGGAAUCAACGAGAUGUUUCAGACUUUUUACUCUGCCAUCAUAGACCUGUGUGACAACGGUGGGAAGCGCCCCCCCUCCAGCAUGGGGGUUGGCUUCACCAAAGAGCAGGCAGAUGCCAUUCGCAGGAUCCGCAACAGCAAGGACAGCUGGGACAUGCUGGGGGUCAAACCUGGAGCCACAAGGGAUGAAGUGAACAAAGCCUAUCGGAAGCUGGCCGUACUGCUCCACCCUGACAAGUGUGUGGCUCCUGGCAGUGAGGACGCCUUCAAAGCGGUGGUGAACGCCCGGACUGCGCUUCUCAAAAACAUCAAGUAGGGAACAGAGCCACUCCGAGCUGGAAACCUUCCCCUCUCCUCCCAGCUAGCCCCCAGGCAGCUGUGGGACGUCCCUCUCCUCCUCACGCUUCACCACUGACAUGAUGGACAUGGAGGCUCCCAGCACCAGCCACAGAAGCAGGACCUCAUCCAUCUGUAGUGUGCUUACGAUGGGCUCUGAAGGAGGCAGAGUGCUGAGGAGCGGAGAGGGACCCCAGAGCCCUCCCUGCGUGCAUGGCCCCGGGUCGUUGUUGGCAUAAGUGCUGAAAGCAGGGAGGUCCUGGUCACCUCCUGGGUGUUACCAGCCUUGGAGGGGUUUGGAUGUGUGGAUGCAGCGAGGGCAGAGCAAGAUCUCACCUGAAAGCUGGUUGAGCUGAAAGCAUUGGUGUCACGUGUGGAGGGCGCCCAGGAUGGCAGGGGGGUGUGAGUCCUGGGUUAUCCUGGAGCUGCCUCUGGAAGGCUGCACCAGGGCAGUUGAGCUCCCCAGUCAGAGCUGGCUCCUUCCAGCUGACACCCAAGGAAAGGUGACAGGAAAAGGAGGGUUGCUUCAGGAAACCUCUCUGGUACGGCAGAGAGAAAGUGACUCCAAGAGUGUCCUUUUCCCUUUCCUCUCCCAGCUGUUGUGGUGCCAAGAACGGUCCCUUUGGCAGGACUCGCGCUCUCCCCCAGGCACCCACUAUCUCAGCAUGAAGUCUCCUGCCACCACCUCCUUCCACCUGCCUGAGCAAAACUCACCCAAAAGAAGCCCCUAAGGCUGCAAGACCUCAACCCACCUGCUCCCUCUCUCCUGUCCCUCUGCUCACACCACAGUGGUGAGGUCUGGGUAGGUCCCUUGCCAGGGACAGUCCUCAACUGUGGCUGCUGUCCUCCCCUGGCUGUUUGCAAGCAGGAGAAGGUUGCUGACCCAAGGAGGAGGCAGUUCAGCCCCCAACAUGGCUGCCUGCCAGCUCUCCCCUUCCUCCCCACAGCCAGCCUCCUCUCCUGAGCUUCUCCCACACUGCAGAGCUGUGUGGGUGCCCGCUCACUUGGCCCCACCACACUCUCGGGUUGGGUGAGUGGUGGAGGGGGCAUGUUCUUCCCCAGCCUCCUUUCUCACAGCAGCAACACGUCGCCCCACUUUGCUGGUUGUGUUCCAGUUGCUGAUCAGCAGCUGGGUGUGGGUUGCUCCCUCCAGGUCUGUUGUUCUCUUUGAAUAAUCUUUUUGAUUUAGAGGGGAGUGUUGCUGGUCACCCCAAGAAGUUCUUGGGUUCUGCUCGUUAUGAUCCUUAGGGAGUCAGAGACAUGAUGGCUGCUAGGUUCUUCGAGGAGACCAAACCAAGGAUCUCUUGGGCUCCUGUGAUUUUGUCAGCAUCCAGUUUCAUUUCCUUGCUGUUGUAUGAGCUCGGCAGGAAGGGUCAGGACACUAAGCCAUGAAGUGAAAGCCACCAAAUGUGUGCAGAUGUAUCCUUACCCCAUCCCACAGGUAUCCCAUUCAAAAGUCUUUUCUCCUAUGGUGAGUGCAAUUUUUUUUUUCAAUUCAAGGCAGCUUUUUUGUGUUUCUCCUUCAAAAUAUAAAUCAACAGUAGAUCCCCCCUUUUUUUUUGGCAUUUAGGGACUUUAAAGCCAGUAUCAUUUUGUUCUUGCUCUGGUUUCUGGUGCUGGGUUGCUGGGAAGAAGAAAUAAGCUGUCCUGCUAGGAAGCACGUUUUGCUCCUCCGGUGUAGAAAUAACCAAGGGGAGAUGUUGCUACAAGAGGUUAAUGUUUGAAGUGGCUCAAUUUUUUCCAUUUUUCCUCUCACAGAUGCAUAAAAAGCUGAGCUGGGGGAGGUGAGCAGGGCAGGCAUUGGAGCUGCAGCAAGUUUCACUGGCAGGGUUUGUUCAAGUGUUUUAUAAUGUUAUGGAGUUCACUGAAAACCUCUCCACUUGUCUCGUGGAGGAAACCACUUAAUUUUGGCUUCAAACCUAUUUCUCUGGGUUCUUUUUCCACUGAGGGGGGUAAAUAAUCCCAUUGCUGGAUGGUGCACUUCACUUUGAGGGUGAGAUCUCAGCGCCUGGAGUGGUUUAAAGGCUUUCUUGGUUCCUGCUGUUCAGGGGCUCUCCAGGUCCCUCGUGCCAUGUACAGUCCCUCCUUUUUGCUCCUCAGGUGACUCUCGCCACUGUUCUUGGUGUUUCUUCUGUUGGUUUACCAAGCUGACCAGAUGUUGGGAGGCUAUUACACAUGCAUGUCACGUCUAGCGAUGCUGGUGACCUUCUAGGUUGUGUUAUUUUUAUAAAUUAAACCCCCCCUUUGGAACAAAGGAA